ACAGAGAGAGAGAGAAUCCCAAAAAAAAAAAAAAAAACGUUUCGGCGAAAAAAGAGAAAACAGAAAGAGCACACCACAAAUGCACAUUUCUCAAUAUUAGGAGUCUAGGACCGACAUAAACAGCAACGCACUCUCUAUGUCUCUCCCUCUCUCUAUACAUACCCGCCUUUCCACUUCUAUUCAAACUAGAAUACGCCGCAGGCGCUGACACACUCACUCAAUUCAGGCAGUGAAGCAGCACCGAUUUUUAAUUUCCCUCUCUUAAAUAAACUCAAAAUCCAAGGACCGCUCUCUUUAGCCAUGGAUGACGACGACCCAGUGAGUGUGUUCAUGAUUCUUGAUCAUUGGCAAGAAGCCCCAAUAGACGCUGAUGAUUUUCCCUACUCGUCCCAAGAUUCACAAACCCCAUCAUCUUCCUCCACCGAGACCUACAUGGUCGGCUUUGUUAUUGCCAACAUAGUUGGUCUGCAGUACUACUCGGGCACUAUUAGCGGCCGCGAAAUGGUGGGUCUGGUCCGCGAGCCCCUCAAUCCUUACGAUUCCAACGCCAUCAAAGUUCUUAAUACUAGAACGGUUCAGGUUGGCCACGUGGAGCGCACCGUUUCUGCAGUUUUGGCACCGCUCGUUGACGACAAUAUGAUCGCCAUCGAAGGCAUUGUCCCCAGUACGCCUGCCACCAGGAAAAGGUUUAAGCUUCCUUGUCAAAUUCACAUCUUUGCGCGCCGUGAAGCUUUUUCUACCGUCAAAUCGGCGAUUUCCCGAGGUGGGUUGCAGUUGAUUUCCGAUUCCGACCCAUCCUUCGCCUUAUCUGAGGCUGCGGUGCUGAGGGAAACGAGGUCUGGGUGUGAUAAGAGGUUCAAGAGUGUGGACGAGAUUUUCAAGUUGGUCGAUGAGAAUGUGAGCAAAAAGGGCGCAUCGGAAGCGUUUGAGCCCCCAAAGGAAGUGAUCAAGUCAGAGCUUUUCGUGCACCAAAAGGAAGCCUUGGGGUGGCUGGUUCACAGGGAGAAUUCUACUGAAUUGCCCCCUUUCUGGGAAGAGAAAGAUGGGUUUUUUGUGAAUGUGUUGACCAAUUAUCGUACCAUUAAGCGCCCUGAGCCUCUGCGCAGUGGAAUUUUUGCAGAUGAUAUGGGGCUGGGAAAGACUCUGACAUUGCUCUCUUUGAUUGCUUUGGAUAAAUAUGGCACUGCCCUUCAUCAUUCUUCAACUAGUAAUGGUAGUGUGGAUGCAAACAAGUUAGAAUUGGAUGACAAUGAUAUGGGUGAGCAGAAUGAGGGCUUGUAUCUUUAUGGUGGUAAGAAGGCCAAAAGGGGCAACACUGGCAAGAAGGUUAUGGGAUCGAGGAAGAAACGUAAAAGUGAGGAUGCUUGUUUGAAUAAGGAUGUGGAACAAAAACCUGUUAGUGUAGUUGAUAAUUCUACUGAUUUUGGUACUAAGAUGACGUUGGUUGUAUGCCCUCCUUGCGUAUUCUCAUCGUGGGUAUUGCAGCUGAGUGAGCACACCAAGCCUGGCAGGUUGAAGGUGUAUAUGUAUCAUGGAGAUAGGACUAACGAUCCUGAGGAGCUUAAGAAGUAUGACAUUGUGUUGACAACGUAUAGUACUCUAGCUACUGAAACUACCUCAGAAGACUCCCCUAUUAAGCAGAUUGAAUGGUGGCGGGUCAUUCUGGAUGAAGCACACGUGAUUAAGAAUGUCAAUUCUCUACAAAGUCGUGCUGUUACUGAUUUAAAUGCUAAUCGGAGGUGGGUUGUUACAGGUACACCCAUCCAGAAUGGUUCAUUUGAUUUGUUUUCUUUGAUGUCAUUUCUGCGGUUUGAGCCAUUUUCAAUUAAGAGCUAUUGGCAAAGUUUGGUACAGCGCCCACUCGCUGUGGGGAGACAACAAGGGCUCUCACGUCUGCAGGUUCUUAUGGCCACCAUUUCUUUGCGAAGAACAAAAGACAAGGGACUGAUUGGAUUGCCAAUAAAAACUAUAGAAACUUGUUAUGUGGAACUUUCCAGGGAAGAACGUGAACUGUAUGAUCAUAUGGAAGGAGAAGCAAAGAACAUAGUUCAGGAUUAUAUUGGCUCUCGUAGUAUAAUGCGCAACUAUUCAACUAUACUUAGUAUAAUCCUACGGCUACGCCAGAUAUGUACCGAUUCGGCUUUGUGCCCUUCAGAUAUUAAGUCACUUCUCCCUUCUAACAAUAUCGAAGAUGUUUCGAAGAAACCAGAGUUGUUAAAAAAGAUGGUUGAGAUGCUGCAGGACAGUGAAGAUUUUGACUGCCCAAUUUGCAUAUCACCUCCAACUGAUAUUGUAAUUACUCAAUGUGCUCACAUUUUCUGCCAAGCUUGUAUUCUGAAAACCCUACAACGCACCAAGCCCUGCUGCCCGCUAUGCCGACGUCCAUUGACCCAAUCCGACCUGUUCUCAGCUCCAGCAUCAUCGUCUGAUACUGACAAUGAAGCAUCCUCCCACAGAACAAGUACAUCGUCAAAGGUGUCUGCUCUUUUAAAACUUCUUGUAUCGACAAGGGAGCAGAACCCAGCUGCAAAAUCUGUAGUAUUUUCACAAUUUAGGAAGAUGUUGAUAUUCCUUGAAGAGCCACUAAGAGCUGCUGGUUUCAAGAUUUUGCGGUUAGAUGGGUCCAUGAGUGCAAAGAGAAGGGGCCGAGUAAUCGAAGAAUUUGGAGUGGGAGGAGAAAAUGGACCGACAGUGUUGCUUGCAAGUCUCAAGGCAUCGGGAACAGGUAUAAACCUGGCAGCUGCCUCUAGAGUGUAUCUUUUGGAGCCAUGGUGGAACCCAGCGGUUGAAGAACAAGCAAUGGAUCGGGUGCACAGGAUCGGGCAGAGGGAGGAUGUGAAGAUUGUGAGGCUGAUUGCUCGAAAUAGCAUAGAAGAAAGGAUAUUGGAGUUGCAGGAGAAAAAGAAGAAACUGGCGAGAGAAGCUUUUGGAAGCAGAGGGUCCAAGGAUCGGAGGGAAAUAGGAUUGGAGGAUCUUCGAACCCUCAUGUCCUUGUGAGCACGUUUUAAUUAUAAUUAUAAGCCAGCCUUUUUGAGAUAUACAAGACAUAAAGACACUGUAUAUAUUUUGUAGUAAACACAGAUGGUUUCUACAGUGGUUACCCCUACCUGUCAGUGUCAGGAAAACAUGCAAAUGUUUUUGUAGAAUUGAACUUGCAACUGUUAGUUGAUUGGCUUUUCCGGGCACUGUUCAAAUUUCAUCUUAUGAAAAUUUUGUUAUUUUUAUUUUCCAGCA